AUGGAGGUUUCUGAACUGCCUGUUAAAUCAAUGCCUGGGAUGGUUCGUGCAUCGGAAACAAACGCGAGGAAAGAUGGCUUCACACCGCAGGCUCUCCUUCCUGCAUUUGAAGCUGUGAAACGUCAAGCGAUAGAAAAGAUACUGAGAGAGAGUGGAGAUGACCUUCGCUUCCAGCUGCGUUCCUAUAUUGUUGAGCGGUUGUAUGGAGGGGCCUGGCGUGGACGCUCUACGCAGCAUGGCGGUGCUUCGCACUGUGAUGGCGCGGCGACAGCAGUCCCCCCAAGUUUGCCAGAUGCCGAUGAACUUGUGCGGAAAGACCGAACGCAACAUACAUCCUCUCUUGUUUCUCCUGGUUGCCAGACCAGUCGUCCACAAAGCAGCUUGACUGCGAGACAAGGCCUACCCACUUCCUCGCCAGGGACGGGGCCCCAACAUCAGCAAUGCAAAGAAGGCUGGCUGCGACAAGCACGAACAGUCUUUCCACUGGAGCGACAAAGACGCUAUCCCGCAGCGCCUCUUAGACAAAAAACACUCGGUUGCCUUCUCCUCGAGUUUCUGCACAAAAAUGGCUUCCCGUAUUCUGCGUCAGUUUUGAGGCAGGAAGCAGGCAUCCCUGCGUGGGACACUCUUUCGCCACAGCAUAUCUGCACUGCACUGGAUUUACCCUCUCAACCGCUGGUGCCUCCGCCUCGAAGGCCUGGCGAGUCUUGCGAACCACGUCCAGAGAGAAGAACCAGUUUGCUCGAUCACAUUCUCGAACUCGUGAGGCAGCGGAAAAUAGUGGGGUCGUCCCCCCGCAGAAUCGUGGCGCGUGCCACUCUGUCACCGUUGCGGCCAUCGUCGACCACAGCGUGUCGACCUCAACGAAGGAAAGCGAGUUCUCCAGGCUCAUCGCGAAAUGCGUUCCCUCCAUCCGCCGCCUCAACAGGAAGUAAAUACUCGACGUCGAAACGGAGAGUUCCGAGCAACUCUGUGUCGCGCUGCAGCCGUUCCAGCUGCACUUCCCGGUGCAGCAGUUUCACGUGUUCGUGCAGAAGCACUCUACGUUUAGUCAGCGGAUGUAGUCGGUCGUUCUCAGAGCCUCCACGCAUAUCGUUGCCUCUCGAAUCGUCAAAGAGCUGCUGCUCCGUUUACUGCGAUGCUUGCGACGGGGUCGCGGACCUCGCUGAGUGCGCGGCGUGCGACGCCGGAGAGCGAGAGCUGCAACGGUCUGCGUCCCUAGGGUUUCCAAAUGUCUGCUCAUGUGAGACUUGGGUGACUUCCCCUCGGCAAAUGCGAGGAAAAACCGUGAAACGGGGUCGCGCAGACCGAAAACAAUCUCAUUCCGGAGAUCCGAUCCUAAGAAGGGCUUCCACGGGGGGUCUCGCCCGUUCGGACUCUUUUUGGGGACCAGGGAACGAGUCGCGACACCGAGGCGGCUCAGCGCACUCUGCCAGGUUCUCUUCUGGACGCAGGCAUCUGCAGAACAGUGGCGAUGAAAUGCAUGGGGGCAGGCAGAAGGAGCUCCAAAAGCAAGCGAGUGUGGCCGACAGACUUCGGGAAAUCGACCGUGAAUACCGAAAAAAGCUCGAGGCCAUAGACGCCCGAGGGCAACUGAGUGACGAUGUGAGCUGCAGCUGUUCCAGUCCAUGCAGUGGCGACUGGAUCAGUUGCAGCCGUGAACUCGGGCGAGACAAGUCUGGUUUGGCGGGUCCAUCGAGAGACUCCUCAGCACUAAACGUGGAUGCAGGCGUCCGCCUGUUGCGUUACGAGCGAGAAUGUGAGGCGCGCCACCGUCGCCAGAUGGAGCAGGAAGUGUGUCGCAUGCGAACGGUGGAGCUGAGCGCUUUGCGGCUGGAAGAAAGCCGGAAGGCCAGACAGCACCUGCUGACCUACAAGCAGGAGCUGGACCGCCUGCACGCAGAUCGCGCGACGCGGCUGAAGCACCAGGAAGAGGCUGCCGCGGAGCGUCUGCGGCGGAAAGAGAGCGAAAUCGAGAAGAAGGGCUUUGCCUUGAGACAAGAAAUCAGUGUUCAACUCCGAGCCACUCAGCAGCAGCAGCGGGACCAGAAACGCCAGUGGGAACUCGAGCAGCAGGCUCUGGACCUGCGCGCGAAGGCUCUGGACGCACGAGAGGCGCGACUCUCAGAAAAAGAAAACCGCAAAAGCCAAGAGGACGCACUCAGCGAGAAGCAGCUACAACUGAAGAUGGAGGAACACAAACGCGCGGUCGAAUUAGAACUGGGAGAAAGCCUGUCCCAGCUUCGGAAUGACCGUCUGGCCCUCGAGCGCGAGAAGCAGCAAGUGCGACUCGCCCAGGAGCGCCACAGGAGCCUGGAGUCCCAGGCGAAAGCGCAUGCCGCGGCGAACGAGCACAUGCAGACGACGAUCAGGCAACUAGAAGCGGCUGCGGCUUUGAUGCAGCAAGAGAAAGUCCAGCUCCACGAGCAGCUGCGCCUCGCACACGAAGUCGCGAAGCAAAUGAAGGGUCACCUGGACACUCGAGAGUCUGAGGUGCGUUGUCUAAAGCAAGAGAACGCGGCUCUGCUGGAGCAGCUGUCAACGAAAAAAGAUGUUGAGCAGGGUGUCCACCGUGCCCACUCACGCACAGUCGAGGAGCUUCACGGAUGCAUUCGAGAAAGUCGACUCGUCUCCCAAGAACUUGAACGAAAAGCCUCCCUGCUUCAGGAUGAACUCGCCCGUGUCCGGUACGAGCGAGAGCAGGCAGUGGCGAAGGCGAGAGAAGAAGUACAGAAAGAGGCGGAGAAACAGACGCAAAAGCUGCAAAACGACCUCACCCAGGAGCGACAUCUUCGGGCUCAGAAGGAGCAAGAAGCGCACAGAGCGCAGGUCGAGCUGGAGAGGCUCAGCAUCCGAAGACUCCAGUGGCAACAGAAGGCGCAGCGGCGACAAGGCGACGUCUCUGCAGCGUACUCGGAACAACAGAGACAGCUGAUUUCGUCGCUGUCUGCCGCUCUUCACGCCACGGCUGACACUGAAGAAGAAGCCGAGGAAGAGAAGGAAAACGUGAGGCUGCCGACGCUCCUUCACCGAAAUCGCGUCAGGGAGCAAAGCAAUGACGAAGAUCAGAAACAUGCUGAGCCUAUGCUUCAACCUGUGCCAGAUCGAGGAUCCUGGACAACCCCUCGGCCAUAUCCUAGCAGAGGAGGCUGUCUCCGUACCACUCCUGCUCGUCGCAGAUCCAAUGAAAAGCCUUGCAGGGGAAUUGACCAAGAGACAAGAAGUCCUAGGAGUCGAGAGACCUUUAAACAAGGAAGAACAGCUGAUCAGCCCUUCGGGUUCUGUCUAGGCGAUGUGCCGCUCGGCUCUCUCGAGAAAAUCUGUAGAGAAAACUGUACGUCGGGGGUGAGCUGCUUGGAGAAGAGUUACGGAAAGCUGUCUCCGAGUGACAGGGUGCAAUGUCUACACACCGACGCGGACUUGGGGCAAGGAACGUUCCCCAAGAGUAGAAAAACAGGCUUUCAACGCGAGCUGACAGAGAUGAAAAUUGAGGAUCUUGAGCGGCGCGUCAAACACUUCAUUGAGUCUCUACAGUCUUCUGGCAACCAGGCUAUGCGUGGAAAUCCCUCAGAAACCAGGCGGCCUUCGCCUAGUUCGCGGCCCGGGCCUUUCCAGCUUAUGCGAGCUGCCGACAACCCGCCUCAACUCGGUAGAGGACGCGUGUUCCCUUCUCGAGUCCUCUCUGCGUCUGCACAGUGUGCCAGGCCUCUAGAGCUCGCCGCGAGUGCUAGCGUAUCUGCGCAGGCAGGCCGAAAGCAUUUUCGUUUUUGCCGCAGUACCUCUGUACCUCGAUUCUCCCCUGAAGAAGAGAAGCUAAGCGAUACGCCUGACCUAGAAGGAAACAGGGAGAAGAAGCGCUCCGGACAGAAGCCUCUCGUUCCUGCCUCGAGGACUUCAGAGCCCCGAGGUACCCCGAUGUGUGCAGAGCCCCACAAAGUUCGUGGCGAGCAGAAGGGAACCAGGAGUGACCGCGGGGUUCCGGCUGGAUGCGCGGCCGACAUUUCGAGUUUCCGUGAUCCAGUUUCAGGGCCAGACUCGCAUAAGAUUCCAGUGACGAAAAGCACCCGUCAACCCUCCCCUCAGCUAGCCACGUCUUUCCGGGAUCCGGGCCUUCUGCAGUCUGGAGUUCACAAACGCCACCACGAGUCGAAAGCUCUGCUCCCGCUCUCCCAGAAGUCUUCCGGGGAACUCACCGACACAGGCAUCCGCGUCAUGCUAGCCACGAGUUCGAACGAGACUCAAAAGGCAGUCUUCGUGCAGCUGUCUCCUCGACCUGGAGCGGUGUCUGCACCUCCUGUCCUGUCUCUGGAAGCGCGCGAGCGUUCGCCGGCGGCAUGCUGUUUCUCGCCAGAAGAGACUGGUGUCUCGCCUUCUGCUUGGGUCCAGAACAGACCCUGGAGUGCGGUGGGCGUUUCAGGAACACGAGAGCGAGGUCCGGAAGUACCUACGGGAAUACGGGGUGAUGCCGCAACCGCGCCCGCUGGGAAGCGAGACGGAGAAGCUUUACGUGAUUUGAACGAAGGGACAAGGCACGACGUUAGGUCGUGCUCUGGCUCAGAUCUUCUCUGUGCGUCACCAAGAACGCUUGGAGCAGAACGAAGUGGAGCACUCGAGUUUGAGCAGGGGAAUGAGGAGAACUGCGGGAAAGCACGGGGUACGGAAGUGGAGAAAACACGGAGGUUCUGUGAAGGAAAUAUCUUCUGCGAGUCUAGGGCGACAAUCGGACCCUUCGCUAGAGGCAGAGGGCUGCUCGCUGCAGCUGCAGCAGAGGACGAUGACGAAGAUUUGGAAGAAGGAGAAGUUCGUGAAGGAGGCACGGGAGGUGCCACAGGCCACUGCGUCGACAUUGGAGGACGUAGCAGUCGUGAGGGGACAAUGCUUCGGCGGGAAGAGCUGCUCCUCCCUCAGAGAGCUUUGGAGAGAGGAGCGACGUUCUGUGUGCUUCAAGAGGUUCUCGCGAUAUCCCCUGACAAAUCCACAGCUCGUGAGCCUUCUGGACCAUCUGAACAACACACAGCAGCGGUUUGGCUGGCCACCUCCGCGCCUCAACUGGUCGCAAAUGCCCAGCUAGACACCCAGGCGUCUGUCAGGCAGCUCUGCAGCGUGUCGCCUUCCUCUGGCCAUUUUGACGCUCUUGGCGUGACAGACGCUCCAGGACAUCGUCCACUACUCGGGGGUCUGGGAACCUUGCCGUCCACAAGCCGCGUCGCUUCUCUCCCCGAGAAGGUUAGGAGCCCGACCGCAGGCGUUGCUGGCAAGUCAACGGAUCGCGAGACAUCUCGAGAUGCAGCACCGCACCUCGGAGGGCUACCGGCUCCAAAACGAGGCCUUGCUCACCGGGAACGUUCCCUUGCACAAGAGACACAAACCGAUGAGAUACGUCGUCUCAGAUCAUCGCCGGGUAGCUUGAAUCUUGGAGACAGAGUGGCCACGCAGCCUCGACUCAGGCCUUUGCACGACGCCUACGAACUGUCUCCAGUCUCUCCGCUAGCUCCAGGGGCGUCGAUGCAAGAGCCGGAAGCAGGCGACGGAGCCCUACAGACGCUAGCUGUGUCAGCGGAAGCUCUCUCUCGACCAACUUCGGAGCGCAGAGAGCACUCUCCACAGUUGUGUCGCAGCGAUGCACUAGACCCGAUGAACGAAAGCGCAUUUGCGGGGCCUGCGUCGCCUUAUUAUGGAGGUAGCAACGCGCAGGAGCAGAGGCGCGAAGCAACACUCGAACCGGAAGAUGCAGGCACUGAUAGAGUCGCUUUCGUGAGUCAGAGAGAAGGCAAGCCCACUUGUACGGUGUCGUACGCCUGCGGCAGGGUCGACGAUCUGUCCCAAGGCCGGGCAGUGAGGUCACAUUUGCCUGUCGUCGACGCUCGAUCGCCCUGUCACAUGCCUCGGAGCCUUUCGCGUCAGCCAGACACGUUCCACGUCAAGCCCCAUGUGUCUGCUUUCGUACCCAUCGCUUCAAGUCCUGGUCUUCUCGCCUGUCUCCCCGUUAGACAGGAUGACAUGUCAAGUCACUCUGAGUUUAUAGGGUACAGCCAUGCAGGUUCUACCUUCAGUGUUGCUUCUCCAGAAGCAAACUGCGGCCCACGUGUGUAUGCGGGUCUUCACCCCAGCGUGGAACGGAACAGUGGAAACUGUGCAUCCGUGGAAGAUCUUUCGUCGUCUCCAUGUCACGAGUUUCUGGAGACCUCUCUCUGCGUCUCCCGAAGUCGGCAGCUGUCGUCCCUCGAUCGGCGUGGCAUACAGCCGGGGUCCAGUCAGAACCUGCUUCCGGAUCCUCCGGAGAAAGCGCGCUCCUUGAAAAGGAGUGUUUCGCGGAGCCCAGUGCAGACGCAACAUCAUUUUUCUGCUGUCAGACGCAGUCUGUCGAACCUUCCAAGCAACAGUCAAACUUCACCUGGCCGCGAUACUGUCAGGCGACGGCAGCGCGGGGCGCACGCAACGUCUGCAGAGGCUGAGACGACGUCAGGGCCCACCGUCGGAAAUAAAGAAGGAACUUUCGCGGGAGGACAGCAGUGUCAGAGCCGCUGCGAGGCCGUGGCAAUGGGAGGAGAAGUGGAGAGUUCGCAACAUUUGUCUUGUUCUCGUGCAAGAGCGCCAAGUUCUUCCUUCUCGCCUCUUCCUCAGUCUCCCCGAACACGGACCCUUGCACAUGUCUCUGCUGAACCUAGCCGUCUGCGCUCACCCCGUCCUCGCUCGGGUGUCACUACACCCCGCACCCGCAGGAUCAGUCGCUCUGCCUCUCGACAUGGCCCUCGUUCGCUCUUGCCUCGUCCGUCUUCGCGUACAGAGUCUCGUUCUGUGUCUCCCGUUCCUGCUUCUCGGUUGCUUUCUCUCCGAACCGUCUCCAGGUCCUUGUCUCCUCGUCCUCCACGUCACCCGUCAAACCUGCUCCCCCAGUCGCGGUCGCCGUCUUCUCGUCCUCUCUCUCGGAGAAGUUCCCCUACCGCUGUCGGUUUACGUGGGCAGUCGGAUUUGUCGUCAGGUCCGCCCGCUGUCUCUUUGACUCCGUUGUCGGCUGCUUCUCCCUCGUUGCGUAUACCCUCGCCUUCUGCGAGGAAUACUGUUGGAAAGAGAAGUCGAAGCAGAAGCACGCAAAAGAGUCCAGUCCCUCCUCGGAGCCCAAGCCCGCCGGCGCAUGCGCACUGGACUGAACUGAAUUCGCCGCAGUGGCGACUCCCUGAACUUGCACCGGACCCCCUGCCUGCCCACUAUCCAGCAGGGACAGCUGCGAGAGCCUUCGCUGCCUAUAACCGGCCUGGAGCGACGUGCAGCGUAUGUACACCUCUGGCGCGGUCUGCCCAGGGAUCUCCGUCGAGUCGGAUGUCGGCGCGGAGGAGUUCCGAUCCAGGUUCUGCUUGCGAUCAGAGCUUUGGUCCUUCGAAACAGAGUUUCCACAACGCUAGACACGACAGACCACCUUCUGCCGGAGGACUGUCGUCCCAACUGGACAGCGAAUCGCUGGGGUCGCCAGCCGCUGGCGAGACUCGCGGGCUGGGAGACGGCGGCAGGCCAGAGCGAUUGAGCACCUUUUCUACGAACUCUCCUGUGACCGCGAACGCUGGCUGGGCUCCUGGAGUGCUCGGUCCCGUCAGCGACGAUCACUCCAUCGACCAGCCUCUCGUGUUGGAUGACACUGUGGCAGAAUUAAGUGUUCCUCUCGCAGUCAGUUACACUGUAGCCGCCGAGAUGGCAGAUCUACACGACCGGUGA